CCGACAAGCAAGCCAACCAAAUCGGCGAGGAGUACUAUUGCUGCAUGCUUGGCAUGAACACUCAGUGUACAUGGUACAUUUUGUACGUACACUACUUAUGUGUGUUGGUUCAGCGUCGCAUCGCAUUUCAUCCUUGCAAGUAGUUCAAUAUCAACCUAGUCAAAAUGGUUCAACUGGUUGGUCCGUAAGUUUGUCAACGACGCCCUCUGUUUUGUUUUGUUCUGAGUCUCAAGUUGGGCAUUUUCUUGGGUUUCCCUCCUAUCUUCUGUGACUCGAAAUCUAGACUUCUCCCUACCCAUCAGAUUUUGGGCGCCACCACCCCUACUUACCUAGGUAUCCUAGAGCCGCGCUCCUCAACACAAAUAUAGCAAAUCAAGAGGCUUCACUACAGUCGUCCGACGUUGACAAUAUGAAAUCAGCAGUAGCUACAAGCAUUUCUGCGUCAGACGAAACGCCUGUGGCGUCUGGGUUGCAGACUCCCGAUGAAAAACAGCGCCACGACGCGGGAACAGAAGUGCCGGCAUUUCCCUCAGGACUCGAGUCCCAACCGCUUCAGGAAAACGAAGACAAAACGAUCGAAGCGGCCAUUACGCCCACGCCAUUUCGGCCUCCCCUGAAGAAGUAUGGACUAUUCCCGGCCCCGCCCCCGGAUGGUGGCACCGUGGCAUGGCUUCAGGUCCUGGCAGCCCACCUGAUGUGGUUCAUCAGCUGGGGCCUGAUCACCAGCUUCGGCCUCUUCCAGUCCACCUAUAUGGAGAUGCUAGAUGCUUCACCGUCGACUGUCUCGUGGAUUGGUACGGUGCAAAUUUUCAUCCUCCUGGUGCUUGGCACCCUGUCUGGCCGCGCGAGCGACGCGGGCCUGGUCCACGAGUCUGUCCUCGUAGGGACGAUUUUGAUCGUCUUUGGCUUGUUCAUGACGAGCCUGUGUACAGAGUAUUACCAGAUCUUCCUCGCCCAGGGUAUCUGUAGCGGGAUCGGGAUGGGCAUCCUGUCCAUGCCGGGCCUCUCGGUGCCAGCAUCGUAUUUCAAGGCCAACAAGUCCUUAGCAGUCUCCAUCAUUGCGUCCGGGGCAGGGACUGGCGGAUUGGUGUUUCCGGCCAUGGCACAGCAAUUGCUCCCUCGCGUGGGCUUCGGCUGGACAGUGCGCGCCAUGGCCUUCGUGACGCUUUUCGUCUCUAUCCUCAUCAACCUCCUCGUACGCGUGCGCAUCCCGGCUCGUAGAUCCGGCCCUCUGUUCGACUUUCACGCUCUCAAGGAACCAGCCUAUGUCUUUUUCAGCAUUGGGUUCUUCCUUGUCUAUUGGGCGGUGUACUUUGCCUUUUACUACAUCGACAUCUACGCCACCACCUACGCCUCCUUCAACUCCGUGGACUCCAUGAACCUCCUCCUCAUCCUCAACGCCCUCGGCGUGCCGGGCCGCAUCAUCCCAGGCUGGAUCGCGGCGCGCUUCCUCGGGCCCCUCAACACGGCCGUCCCGACCGCGGCGUCCGUGGCCGUCGUGCUGUACUGCUGGCCCGCGGUGCGGCACUCCCAGGGCUCGCUCUACGGCUUCGCCUUCGCCUACGGGCUCGUGGCCAGCGGCAUCCAGUCGCUCUUCGCCGUCUCGCUGACGGCGCUGACCGACGACCUCAGCAAGCUCGGCACGCGCAUGGGCCUCGUCGUCACCAUCGUCGCCGUCGCCAGUCUCACGGGGAGCCCCGUCGCGGGCGCCCUCCUGCAGGCCAGCGGCGGGGAAUACCUCCCCGCGCAGAUGUGGGCCGCGAGCAGCAUGCUGCUGGCCGCCAUCGCGCUGGCCGCGGCGCGGGUUUGCAGGACGGGGUGGGUGCUCAAGGUUUACGUCUGACUUGCUGUCCGGGCACUGUUGCGUGGUCAGGGGCUUCUCCAGGGGAACCAAACUGGGGACAACGAGGAGUCUAAGAUGGUGAAGAAACUGUAGAAGUAAGCCCCCGGUUCAUGUGAGCUCGGGCUCUCUUGUGAAGAUGGGUUAUUUCUCCAUCCGAGAAUGAGGCUGGUUCUGUUCGGCGCAAUGUAUUUUGGCGCGAGCGCACCAAAAGAGGAUCAAGUUUCAACCAGAUGUUAGUAAAUGCAUGGUACUACAGGCGAUAUACAACUAGGUAUUAGACAUGAAGACAUUGUGUUCCUA